CAAAUAUUUUUAAAAUAGUCACUUCAGCCAGAUGUGGGUACAUCUGUUUAUUGAACAUUUCAGUUUAGAUAUACGUAAAGUUACAUCUCAGAUCUAGGUGGGAUGCGAUGUACUACUAGUGAUUUUAUCAAAAACCAAAUUGCGGACAAUUUUGGUAGAGUCGUGCUCAUUGAAUUUGUCAUAAUGGCAGAUUUAAUUACUGGUGCUUGGUCAAGUGAAAAUAUUCAACCAGCAUAUUUACUGACUCCAUGGGAUUCAAAAUGGCUUCAUCGAGACAAAUCAGGCAAACGGCAGGCGCAAGGGGAUAAUUUUGUACUGAAUGGGCAAGUGUAUCCAGAGUCAUAUGAACAUAAUUCAAUUGCUUUAGACAAACAAGCAGCUCUACAAUCAUUAUUGCAACAGAUAUACCAAGCAGAAAAUACUGUCAAAAUGGAAAUGAAUGAAGUUGUGAAAGCACAGCAAGAAGCUUUAGAAGCUUCACAAGCUUUAGAAAAAGCGACUGACGAUGUAAGGACGCUGAGCAUGGAAUUGCAGAAUGCCCAGGAAGCUGCUGCACAAGCUGCCCUGCGAGCUCACACUACGCAGCUUCAGCUCACAGCACACGACCAACUAAUGUUAACGGCAAAACAACGUGCCGACGCACUUUCUUCGGAGAUGGUGUUGGUUCAAGCUAAUCUGGCACCAACGCAAGAUCUUUUUCCUGUCAACUCCAGUGAUUUCCAACAGGACGAUCCCAUAGCAUAUCAGAGUUUACCAUCACAAGGCGCUUUAAGAAACCAGAACUUUUGGCCAAUGAAUGAAGCCAAAUAUUUACUAGCAGUACCAAAUAUGGAUGUUUCUAAACUGAAUAAUAGACAGAAUGGCAUUAUCUAAAAAUAGAUUCUUUAA